AUACGACACACCAAAUGGGGAAUUGUCAUCUUUCCGCGGAGCUCUCACACAGUCACACACAAUCACAUGGUUCUGUUUUAUUUUCUGUUCGAUAUUUCCUAUGUAUUCCUUCAUGUUCCAAAUGUAACUUGGUUUCGCUGUUCAGAGCACAGCAUCAACUACCCUUUUGCGAUUUGUUUAACUUGGUAGCAUUUUCAUAGUGAAUUUAGAUCAUUGUAGAUCAAAGGGAUUUCCUUGGUCUGCAUUGGGUUCUCAUGGUGGUGAGAUUGAACCCUUCUUGUCCCACCCUCUCUCAACACCCCCACCACUCUGUACUUUUCUCUAAACAAGUGAAAGUCAGCUGCAGCUAUGAAAGAAACAUGAGAAGGUUUGACCUUGGAAGGCCCCAGAUUUCACCUUCCGUUUUGGGGAACACUGAUGGGCUGCGUGUGUUUGUGGUGUCUGACUUGCACACUGAUUAUGAUGAGAACUUGAACUGGGUCAAGUGCUUGUCUGGUGAAAAACACAAGAGUGAUGUUCUUCUUGUGGCAGGUGAUGUGGCAGAGACAUGUUGCAUGUUUGUGGCUACAAUGUCUUUGUUGAAAGAAAGAUUUGAGCAUGUCUUCUAUGUUCCUGGAAACCAUGACCUUUGGCUCCGCCGCGAGGGGCAAAAUUAUGUUGAUUCUCUUGAAAAGUUGAAUAAAUUGCUUGAUGCAUGUAAGAGAAUUGGAGUUGAGACAAAUCCAAUGGUUGUAGGUGAAUUAGGAAUCAUUCCUUUGUUCUCUUGGUAUCAUGAGAGCUUUGACAAAGAGAAGGACAUAACAGGCUUUCACAUCCCGCCUUUGGAGAUGGCAUGUAAGGACUUCCAUGCAUGUAAGUGGCCCAAUGGACUUUCAAAUGGCGAUUCCUCCCUCGCUGUACAUUUUGAUGGCAUGAAUGAUAAACAAAUGAAAGUGAUAAAGGAGAUUCAGAAUACAUGUGAUCACAUCAUUACCUUUUCCCACUUUGUUCCCAGGCAGGAACUUUGUCCUGAGAAGAGGAUGUUAUUCUAUCCCAAGCUCCCAAAAAUAAUUGGUUCAGACCCUCUUGAAGAUCGAAUAAGGUCUAUACAUGGGGCUGAGGGAAGGAAGAGUGCAUCUUCUUGCCAUGUAUUUGGUCAUACUCACUUCUGCUGGGAUGCUGUUGUUGAUGGUAUCAGGUAUGUACAAGCACCUUUAGCUUAUCCAAGGGAAAGGAAAAGAAGAAUGAAUGGAGGUGUAGCUUUUGUUUUUACUAAAUCGCCCCCACAAUUCCAACCGAGCCAGUGUGGUGAAGACCAAAGGCCAAAUGAUCGAACUUGAAACAGUCAAUGCGAGCCAGUGUGGUGAAGACCAAAGGCCAAACGAUUGAACUUGAAACAGUCAAUGCGAGUGGCACCUAUUAAAGGCUAAACUAAUAAUCUUCAGGAGCCAAAGGCUGGUGUGCAUGUGAGGGCUCUGUUGGGAUCACAAGAUACUCAUAUAUGAGUGCUGCCAGUGCAGCUCCAAGAAAAGGGCCCAACCAGAAGACCCAGUGGUAGUGCCAUCUCCAGCCCACCAAGGAAGGCCCAAAAGCCAGAGCUGGGUUCAUGCAUGCUCCAUCAAAUGGUCCACCAACAAGGAUGUUUGCCCCAACUAUGAGUCCAAUUGCCAAAGGUGCAAUGGCCCCAAUACUACCCCUUUUGGGAUCAAUUGCAGUAGCAUAUACUGUGUACAUCAGCCCAAAUGUCAUGAUAAUCUCAAGUAUAAGCCCGUGGAAAGCGCCAAUACCCUGUCCUACAUGAAACCCUGCUGGUCUCUGCAUUAAAACCACAACACCAAAUCAGUUUUCAUUGAAAGUUAAUUGCUAUAAUAUUAAUGAUAUACUCAACUAUUCAAAUAGUGCCACCACCACCCAUCUUUAGACUAUCCCCUCUUAAUGAUAGAAUGCAAGGCAUAGUUAUGAUAAUUUGUUUCAAUAACGCACUAGCAUAGCUACAUAACACCAGCUUAUCUCUUUCUAAGGGAUUAUCUCUUUCUAAGAGAAAUGAGCAAAUUUGUAAUAUGCUAUUUGGAACAAUCAGUUAACCUUUAUAUUUUUAUUUUCAUGUUUAUGGGUGA